AUGCCCACACUCCCUCGGCCGUACUCAACUCAGGCCCAGCGUUCACCUUCCCCAGUUAGGCAACCAGUCGCACCGAUUCCAGUGGAAGGAUACCUUGCGCAGGCUAGCCUCCAACCCGAACCCUCUCAAGUGCAACAGCCACUCCUUGUUAUCCUCGACAUGAAUGGAACCUUGAUAUACCGUAAACGCCGUACAUUCCCUCCUAGGUUCACGAAACGCCCCGGCCUAGACCCAUUCCUCCGCUACCUGUUUGAUAACUUCAAGGUUAUGAUCUGGACAAGUUCACAACCGCAGACAGUCACUGAUGUCCUUGAUAAACUUCUACCUCCAGAAAUGAAGAAACAGUUGGUGGGAGUGUGGUCACGUAAGGACCUCGAUUUAACCCCCAAACAGUACAAGGAGAAAGUUCAGGUAUAUAAGCGCCUUGAUAAGGUAUGGAGGGACGAAAACAUCCAGUCUCAGUAUCCUCGAUUACCGGCAAAUGAUAAUACCCAGUACAUAAUCCCAAGGAAGAAAAAGAAGAGCAUAAAACUUCCGCGGAUCCUUGGCGAAGGAGGUCAAGUCUGGGACCAAACAAAUACCAUUCUUGUUGAUGAUAGCAGACUAAAAGCUGCUGGACAGCCGCAUAAUAUCAUCGAGAUACCAGAAUUCACCAACGACCCUAACGUGGACGAGAUCAAGAAUCUAACCACAGUCAUGCGCCAGCUAGACAUAUUAUCCCGCCAGAAAGAUGUUAGUCGGAAGCUGAGAGAAUGGAAUCAACGAAGGCCGGAUGCGUCUAACGACAGCUCCAGGAUUGAUACUUUUUGGGAGAAAGAGCUGGUACUCUCUUCCUUUGAUAUACACGCACUUGAAUCUACCACUCCUCCAGAAGAGACAGAUACACCCGCAACGAAGGCUCCCGAAGCUACCGAUUACCCGUUCCUUAACGUUGAACAAUUGGUCAGCGCGGCGAGAAAAUCACUCAAUAAAGAUUUGCAUAUAUCAAAAAAUGGACAGAGUGAUGAACAUAGGGCUACUGCGGACUCGAGGCCAAGGAAACCAUCUACUCAGGAACCCAAAGAGUCUGGAGAUGCUAAACCAAAACUGACUAAAGGCCAGAAACGAGCUGCAAAAAGAGCUGCAGCUCGGCUCAGGGCCGAGGGUGCUACUGGAAUCAACAUUACAACGGACUUAUCCCAGUCUACUCGAACAGGUCACCGAUCCGCUGGUUUCUUGGACGACUUUGGCUGCAGCGCUACGGCAACGGGCAUAUCCUCAGGGUCAGAUAUAUCUACAAGCGGCGGCGUUGCGUUGCCGGUGAGCAAGAAUGAAACACUGUGA